UACAACAGACUGUUACCUACAACAACACAGGUCGCCACGAAUGUGAGGAACAAACCGAUCUCUCUGGCAUGGAGGAAGAGUAUGAUGUCAUUGUGCUAGGAACAGGGCUGAAGGAAUGUAUAUUAUCUGGGAUAAUGUCUGUGAAUGGGAAAAAAGUUUUGCACAUAGAUCGAAACGACUACUAUGGAGGAGAAAGUGCAUCAAUCACACCCCUGGAAGAGCUUUAUCGAAGGUUUAAUGUAAUUGGUCCGCCAGAACCAAUGGGCAGAGGCAGAGAAUGGAACGUUGAUCUUGUACCAAAAUUUCUUAUGGCCAACGGACAACUGGUGAAGAUGUUGCUGUACACAGAAGUUACCCGAUAUAUUGACUUCAAGGUGGUGGAUGGAAGCUAUGUGUACAAAGCUGGGAAGAUUCACAAGGUGCCCUGUACAGAGGAGGAAGCCUUGGUCUCUGAUUUAAUGGGAAUGUUUGAGAAGAGACGUUUCCGCAAAUUCUUACUAUACGUCGUACGUUUCAAUGAACAUGAUGUAAAGACUUAUCACGAUAUUGACCCAAAGAGAAUGACCAUGCGCGAGGUAUACAAGAAAUUUGACCUUGGACCUGAGGUGAUGGCAUUUACUGGACAUGCGUUGGCAUUGUACAGAACAGAUGACUACUUGGACCAACCAUGUCUGAAAACUAUAAACCGAAUAAAACUUUACUGUGAGUCCCUGGCGAAGUAUAGCAAAAGUCCCUAUCUCUAUCCUUUGUAUGGGCUUGGAGAGCUGCCACAGGGCUUUGCCAGGCUAAGUGCUCUGUACGGUGGGAUUUAUAUGCUCAAUAAACCUGUGGAUGAGAUAUUAAUGGAGAAGGGGAAAGUAGUUGGAGUGAGGUCCGAGGGAGAGGUCGCACACUGUAAACAGUUAAUCUGUGACCCCAGCUACGUUCCCAACCAAGUGAAGAAAGUUGGACAAGUGAUCAGAGUAAUCUGCAUCCUCAGCCAUCCAAUCAGGAACACCAAUGAAUGCACGUCUUGCCAAAUUAUUAUCCCCCAGACGCAAGUCAACAGAAAAUCAGACAUUUACGUGUGUAUGGUCUCCUGUUCGCACUGUGUGGCAUCAGACGGGAAAUAUGUUGCUAUUAUUAGCACAACAGUAGAGAGCGAGAAUCCGGAGAGUGAAAUUCAGCCAGCCCUGGAACUACUGGAGCCUGUCGAUCAGAAAUUUGUGUCCAUUAGUGACCAGUAUGUCCCAAAACACGAUGGAACAAAAAACCAGAUUUUUAUCUCUCGAUCAUAUGAUGCCACCACUCACUUUGAGACGACCUGCAAUGACAUUAAGGACAUCUUCCAGAGAAUGACUGGUGCCACAUUAGACUUCAAAGACAUGUGGUGCACAAACACCGACACAGAAGAUGGAGAGUGACACAAUGUUAAUUCGGAUAGAAGAUAUUUGUACAGUAUUUUUUUUUCACUGCCUUUACCCUAAUUCAUCUUCUGCAGAUGUUGAUUUUCUUGCUUGCUGGGACAGUACUAUGAGUUUUGUACAUAGCUUACCUGCUGUCAUGUGUCAUACGUCUGCUUAAUAAAGCAAUCUAUAUUUGCAUUUUAAAAAGUUUAUU